GCAAUAUUAUUUUAAAGUAAUGCUACUGUUACUUGAGUAUUUUUUGGCUACUCUACCCACCUCUGCUCAAAAGCAAAAAGACGAGUGAAAGAUUUUAAAAUCUCAAUUUAUUCCAUCCAUUUCAACUGGGAUGGCCAGAAUAUAGUUUCACUGCCAUUGAUGGCUAUACACGUCCAAUCCAUUUUGACUGGCAUGGCUGACAACAAUCGUUUGAACUAUGUGUUAAUUUGUUAAAUUUUGUAAACAAGGGGUUAAAAAAUCUUUGCGUAUCUAUUGAAUUAUGACUGUUAAACAUAUAUGCUUGCAUUGGCAGCAACUCACCGACAGAUGUCGCCGUUUCUAAAGAAAAUUCAACCACUUGAUGGCACGUGUAUGUGUGUGGAUGGGCUCUUGGGUCCGACGACCCGGAGGUGUCCAGGAUGGGCAGCAUGACCUCUUGCUGCGUGACCGCCACGCCGAAAGUCCACUCCAGACUGGAAGAGGACCAAGCCGAAACGGAACCAAACCUGCGGCAGGAGGAGACGCUCUUAGAAAACAACCUGCAACACAUCCGUGACAUUGAGAACGUGGAUGAGAUGGACGUGAUACUGAGUCCUGCUGAUCAUCCACAAAGUGGCACGAUGUUCCUCAGCAAAUCCAUGAAUGGCGUGAGAGAGAGACAAAAGAUCCAUUUCAUCCGCUACCGCGGUCCAACCAGCAGGUGGAAGUACAGCUCAUGCUCCACCAUCUUCCUUGAUGAGAACACAGUGAGCAGGCCUCACCUUAAAUACACCAUCAAAUGUGUAGCAUUGGCUAUUUACUACCACAUCAAAAACAGGGACCACAAUAGAAACCCACUCGCCGACAUUUUUGACGAGAGGCUUCACCCGCUCUCGAGAUCACAGCGGGUGCCGGCUGAUUACGAUCAUCGAGAACCGGAGCGGAGACAGGUUUACCGCUUCGUCCGCACUCUCUUCUGCGCUGCUCGGCUCCGAUCCGAGUGCGCCAUCGUCAUGCUAGUGUACCUGGAGAGACUUCUAACAUAUGCGGAGAUUUCCAUGAGUCCGUGUACGUGGCGGCGUAUGGUGCUGGGCGCCGUCCUGCUGGCGUCUAAAGUGUGGGACGACCAGGCUGUGUGGAACGUGGACUACUGCCACAUCCUCAAAGACAUGCCAGUGGCCGACAUGAACGACCUGGAGCGCCACUUCCUGGAGCUCCUGCAGUUCAACAUCAACGUACCCUCCAGCAUUUAUGUCAAGUAUUACUUUGACCUGCGCUCGCUGUCCGAGGCCAACGACCUCAGUAUCCCCCUGGAGGCCCUCAGCAACCACAAGGCCCAAAAACUUGAGGCUAUUUCCAGACUGAGCGACGACACGUUCGGGGAAGCGCGGAGAGCUUCCAGGAAGCGCUCGGCCAGCGUGGACCACCUAGAUGGAGACAUGUGGGUUCCCGCCAUCCUCUCCUAAAACCGCCACGUUGUUUCGAGUCAU